AUGGCAGCCAACCCCCAUUCCAAGGAGGGUAUUCCAACUAAAAGCUAUAGUGCAGUGGUUCUCAACCUGGACAGAGAUGAAUACUGGAAGUGCUUAGAUGAAAGUAUGGAGGAUGCGUUUAAGUGUGAGAAGCUUAGGUGCUCUUUUGUAAAAGCAUGUCCACAGCAAUGGGUUAAAUACUUUGACAGAAGAAGAGAUUAUUAA